AUGGAAACAGAAAAUUUUAAUAAUAAACAAGGUCACAAAAACCUUGAACAAAAUGAUAUAAAUAUUGCGCCUUCUUUUGCUAAGCUAGGAUUAGAAGAAUAUGAUAAAACGAAUAAAAUUAUUCAACAAAAUGUUCAAGAAUUAUGUAAAUUUUGGCAAAAUGGAGUAUGUGCCUGUAGAAAAAGUAAAAGCAAAAAAAAACCUUGUUUUGAAAAAAUAGGAUUCUAUCGGUUUUUUAUAAGACAAGAAGAAUGUCGUAAUAUGUCACAUAAUAAUCUAGAUACCUGGAUUCAAGGACAACUUGCUUUAUUUGCAUAUAAUGAAUCUCUAUUAAAUAAAAAAAAUUCUCAAGAGUUAAACAAUUCUGCAAUACAAAAUCCUCAUAUAAAAAAUAAUGGGAUGACUGAAAUAAUUCAUGGUAACACUGAGUGCACUUCAAUUCGAUAUGAUCGUGCUGUAAUUGAUAAUGAACUAAAGCAAGAGCUUAGUAAUUAUCUUCAAAACAAUGCCAAUCUCCAUGAAUUCCCAUCACCUUGUCGAAAUAUGCAAAACUAUUCAAUACCUAUAAUUUUACUUCCUAUUGAUCAAACAUAUACUAGCAUUUAUGAAGAAUAUGUUACUAUGAUUAAGUCUAAUAAAAAUAAGGACUACAAAGUUAUAGCUUAUACAACGUUUCUUCAAAUUUGGAAAGAAGUUGCACCUCACAUUCGGUUUAUGACUAAAGCAUCAGAUCUAUGCGAUAAAUGUGAACAACUUUGUGCCAAAAUUUGA